AGGGAGGGAGAGGAGAGUGAGGGACGCCGCCCGCCCGCCCGCCAUCCAGCCCGGCGUCAUGUCCAGGGCGGUGAUGUCGAGCCAACAGAAGAUCGCCGAGAAGCUGACAAUCCUGAACGACCGCGGGGUUGGUAUGCUCACCCGCAUUUAUAACAUCAAAAAGGCAUGUGGGAUCCAAAGGCAAAGCCAUCCUACCUAAUUGACAAGAACCUGGAAUCUGCUGUCAAGUACAUUGUCAAAAAGUUUCCAGUUGUUGAUACUCGUAACAACAGUCAACAGUUGUCACAACUACAUAAGGAGAAGCAAGACAUUUUGAAGAAUCUGGCACUUUAUUACUUCACGUUCGUAGAUGUCAUGGAAUUUAAGGAUCAUGUGAGCGAACUGCUGAACACUGUUGAUGCUUCCCAGGUUUUCUUUGAUAUUACUGUCAACUUUGAUUUAACUCGUAAUUAUUUGGAUUUGGUUGUAACCUACACAACACUAAUGAUAAUGGUGUCAAGGAUUGAGGAAAGGAAGGCAAUAGUGGGACUCUACAACUAUGCACAUGAAAUGUCACAUGGAGCCAGUGAUCGGGAAUACCCAAGACUUGGCCAGAUGAUUGUAGAUUAUGAAAAUCCUUUAAAGAAAAUGAUGGAAGAAUUUGUGCCACACAGCAAGUCUUUGUCAGAUGCACUGAUUUCACUCCAGAUGGUUUACCCACGACGGAACCUUUCAGCAGAGCAGUGGAGGAAUGCUCAGUUGUUGAGCCUAAUCAGUGCUCCUAGCACUAUGCUUAACCCUGCACAGUCUGACACGAUGCCAUGUGAAUAUCUGUCUCUGGAUACGAUGGAGAAAUGGAUUGUUUUUGGUUUUGUGCUGUGCCAUGGAACCCUAAACUCUGAUGCAGCAGCUCUGAACCUGUGGAAGAUUGCCUUGCAGAGCAGCUCCUGUCUUGCUCUCUUCAGAGAUGAAGUCUUCCACGUACACAAGGUUGCAGAGGACUUAUUCAUGAACAUUAAGGGCUACAACAAACGUAUAGCUGAUAUCCGAGAAUGUCGAGAGACGGCAUUAUCACAUGCUGGUCCACUGCACAGGGAGAGGCGCAAGUUCUUGAGAUCGGCAUUAAAAGAGCUUGCUACUGUUCUUGCUGACCAGCCAGGAUUGCUAGGCCCAAAGGCACUCUUUGUAUUUAUGGCUUUAUCUUUUGCACGUGAUGAAAUUAUCUGGCUCCUUCGUCACGCAGACAACAUUCCAAGAACUAGAAACAGUGAUGAUUUUAUUGAUAAACACAUUGCUGAGCUGAUAUAUUACAUGGAAGAGCUCAGAGCUCAUGUGCGCAAAUAUGGACCGGUGAUGCAGAGAUACUAUGUGCAAUACCUUUCUGGUUUUGAUGCAGUAGUUUUGAACGAACUUGUGCAGAAUCUUUCAGUAUGCCCAGAAGACGAGUCCAUCAUUAUGUCUUCUUUUGUGAACACCAUGACUUCCCUGAGUGUAAAGCAAGUUGAGGAUGGAGAAGUGUUUGAUUUCAGAGGAAUGAGACUGGACUGGUUUAGAUUGCAGGCUUACACUAGUGUCUCCAAGGUCCUCAAUCUCUCCGAUCACAAAGAGCUCGGAAAAAUGAUGAAUACGAUUAUAUUCCACACGAAAAUGGUAGAUUCCUUGGUUGAAAUGCUGGUAGAAACUUCGGAUCUCUCCAUCUUCUGCUUUUACAGUCGUGCUUUUGAGAAGAUGUUUCAGCAGUGCUUGGAGUUGCCUUCACAAUCGCGAUAUUCAAUCGCCUUCCCUUUGGUGUGCACACAUUUUAUGAGCUGCACCCAUGAACUGUGUCCUGAAGAGAGACACCACAUUGGAGAUCGUAGCCUUUCACUGUGCAACAUGUUUCUGGAUGAAAUGGCUAAGCAAGCUCGCAAUCUUAUCACAGACAUCUGUACAGAGCAAUGCACUCUCAGUGACCAGUUACUGCCAAAACAUUGUGCCAAGACUAUCAGUCAAGCAGUGAACAAAAAGUCCAAAAAACAGACUGGAAAGAAAGGGGAACCUGAAAGGGAGAAACCUGGAGUGGAGAGCAUGAGAAAGAACAGGCUACUGGUUACCAAUCUGGACAAACUUCACACCGCUCUCUCGGAACUUUGUUUCUCUAUCAAUUAUGUUCCCAAUUUAGUUGUUUGGGAGCACACCUUUACACCAAGAGAAUAUCUGACUUCACAUUUGGAAAUCCGUUUUACUAAAUCAAUUGUUGGGAUGACCAUGUACAACCAGGCUACACAGGAGAUUGCAAAGCCAUCUGAGCUGUUGACAAGUGUGAAAGCCUACAUGACAGUACUUCAGUCCAUAGAAAACUAUGUGCAGAUUGAUAUCACCAGAGUCUUUAACAAUGUUCUUCUCCAACAAACGCAACAUUUAGAUAGUCAUGGUGAACCCACCAUAACUAGCCUGUACACUAAUUGGUAUCUCGAAACUCUUCUGCGACAGGUCAGCAAUGGGCACAUUGCAUAUUUUCCAGCCAUGAAGGCUUUCGUGAACCUUCCUACUGAGAGUGAGCUGACAUUUAAUGCAGAGGAAUAUUCAGACAUCUCAGAAAUGAGGUCCCUUUCAGAGCUGCUGGGUCCAUAUGGAAUGAAAUUUCUUAGUGAAAGCUUAAUGUGGCACAUUUCCUCACAAGUGGCUGAACUGAAGAAACUUGUAGUGGAGAAUGUUGAUGUGCUAACACAAAUGAGGACCAGCUUUGACAAACCAGACCAGAUGGCAGCACUCUUCAAAAGAUUAACAUCGGUUGAUAGUGUUCUGAAGAGGAUGACAAUAAUUGGUGUUAUCCUAUCAUUUCGUUCACUAGCACAGGAAGCACUAAGAGAUGUUCUGUCCUGCCACAUUCCCUUUCUUGUGAGCUCAAUUGAAGACUUCAAGGACCAUAUUCCACGAGAGACUGAUAUGAAGGUUGCAAUGAAUGUGUAUGAACUUUCUUCAGCAUCUGGUCUGCCUUGUGAGAUUGAUCCAGCAUUGGUGGUAGCAUUGUCAUCCCAGAAGUCAGAGAACAUUAGUCCAGAGGAGGAAUAUAAGAUUGCCUGCCUCCUUAUGGUGUUUGUCGCAGUUUCUCUACCAACACUAGCCAGCAAUGUCAUGUCUCAGUAUAGUCCUGCUAUCGAAGGGCAUUGCAACAACAUUCAUUGUUUGGCCAAAGCUAUCAAUCAAAUCGCUGCUGCCUUGUUCACCAUUCAUAAGGGAAGCAUUGAAGACCGUCUUAAAGAAUUUCUUGCUCUUGCAUCUUCAAGUUUGCUAAAAAUUGGACAGGAGACUGAUAAAACCACUACAAGAAACCGAGAAUCUGUUUAUCUCCUGCUCGAUAUGAUUGUACAAGAAUCUCCUUUCCUGACAAUGGACCUGCUGGAGUCUUGUUUCCCUUAUGUCCUCCUCCGAAACGCAUACCAUGCUGUCUACAAGCAAAGUGUCACAUCUUCUGCAUAACCUGGAGCCUUCUAGAGGCAAGAUGUGAUUAACUGAGUGUUCUGCAGUAUUGGUUUGCAAACUAACUGUUGAAUUAUUUUACUUGAUCAUAUAAGAGCAGCUUUAUGAAACUCAUUUUUUCAUAAAUGUGCAUUGUAGACCAGUACAGUAGUUUCUUUUAAGGUCAUCAAUAUGCUUGACUGAUUUGCUGAAUAGUGGUAAAGCCGAGUUUUAUUUUAAAUAGCAGCUACAUUUGUUAAAAUUACACUACCAUAAGAUUGUUGGUUAAGUUUUUAAAAAUCAUCAAUCAUGCACAUGAAACAACUGUUUGAAAACCUCUCGUUCCUUAAUGCUGUAUUAAAAAUGCGGAGGAAAAUUCAUCUAGUGAUUAUUUUAGAUGGUGUUCUAGCUUUCUUCUGUGUGUAAAUUAUUUCAGGUAAUUAGGGGAAGAAGUGAUUUGUACCUGUUGCUUUCACAGUGAAUGGGAUGGGUGAUUAGUUCAUUUUGUGCAUUUAUUACAAUACUCUUUCCUUUCAUUUUAAAUGAUUGCAAUAUUAGUUACUCUAAUAAAGUACAUUACACUAUGUCAAACUUCUAUAGGAAUGCUGAAAGCUACAGAGACAAUUAUAGCAAUCCACUGCACAUUACUCUUAUAAACAACAGAAGUGAUGUUUGUACAAAGCAUAAUAUAAUUUUUUUUAUAAAACUAACUUCAGUGGAGACCUUGUUGAAUUUCACAUUACCAUUGUACCCUGUUGUAUGGUAUGAUAAACAUUCAUGAAUAUUUAUCAAAUACUGAUAAAUUGCUAGCCUUUAAUCUCUUUUAUAUGUUUUACAUUUUUCAAGUUUUUGUGUAUCUUCCAUAACGAACAAUAAAACACUAGGUUACUUCACAUCCA